AUAUCUUUUCACGUAUAAGUGUUUGUUAGGACAGCUAUGCUAUAACAACAAUGCCUUCUUGCCAAAGUAACAAUUGCUUCCAAACUAGACUAUACCUCUGAAUAGUACAGCAGCAGUUUUUCAAAAUAAUAAGACAGGGAGACUUUGGACAUGAGUUUACAGUCUUUUUCUUUUCUGCCGUAACAGGGCAAGUGAAGAAAAGCCCUGCUGAACUGUUGUUUAAAACAUGGCGGGAGGGGGAAACGUUACUCAGGGAAACACUGUGGAUUUGUUUCCUUUUGUAGGGCAUGGAAGAGCAAGAGGUGCCUUAUGUGUUGAUAAACACUAUAGGAGGGGCAUACGGAGUGUAUGAGGACUAUGUCAAGUUUCUGAAGAAACAUUUUAACCUUAUCACCAUGAAGGAACUUCUUGAAAACAAAAACCAUCUUAGUGAAAAGAUCAAAGCUAUUUAUAUGUGAUUGUACAAAACAACUGCUAACCAGGAGUGUCUCCAUAGUCUGCCUAAUUUAAAGGUGAUUGCAACCUCUGGGACAGGAGUGGAUCAUUUGGACUUGAAACUGAUCUCCAGCUUUGGAGUGAAAGUCGCCAACACUCCCUUUGCUGUUUCCAAUGCCACUGCACAUCUGGGGAUGGCUUUAAUGUUGGCAUCUGCCAGGAGACUAGUGGAAGGUUGUCAGAUUGCAGUUCCCCCAAACACUGAGCAUUUUGCUAUUGACUGGCUGGGAGAUGAAGUCAUCGGGGCUACUCUUGGUAUCAUUGAAAUGGGCAGUAUUGGGUAUAUGGUGGCCAAAAGGGCCAAAGCUUUUGAAAUGAAAAUUCUUUAUCACAACAGGAACCAGAGAAAAGAGGAAGAGGAACAGGCAGUUGGAGCCAUUUAUUGUAAAAAGAUAGAAGACUUGCUCCAGGAGUCAGAUUUUGUGAUGCUGGUUGUGAACCUGACACCUUAGACAGAAAAACUGUUUGGGAAGAAGGAGUUAGAACUGAUGAAACCCACUGCUACUCUCAUUCACAUCAGCAGAGGUAAGGUACAGAAUGACUGCUUACCAACCACAAUGCAGUUUACCUUCAAUGCAAGAGUCUCUGGGAAAAAAAAAAAAAAUAAAAUCAACUCCUGAUACUAGUGUCUACAGUGAAAUUUUCUGUGGGAACUGAUAGCAGGGUUGUCAAGAUUCUAAAUGUCUAUGGACCUGAUUCAGCAAAACACUGAAGCACGUGCAUAACUUUAAAAAUGUGAGUAGUCCUAAUAAACUUCAAUGGACAUUCACAUGCUUAAAAUUAAGUACAUGUGUAAAUGCUUUGCUGAAUAGGUAUGGGAUUAACUCAAGUGUCUAAAGUUCUGCAGGUACUCUAGUGCUCUGUUGAAUCAGGGACAAUCUCCAUUUGAAUUUAGGAUUAAAGAGAGAUUAAACUCUCCUGUUGCCUUUGUACAAACAUAAAAAAGUUGACCCCUCACAACCUACUCUUCUAACCGCAGGAAGUUUAAAACAAAAAUUGCCUAUAGCCUAUGUAGAUUGAUGAAUUGGGUGCCAGAAUGAUAGGCAGACAGGAAAAACUUUGAAUUUAGCAUCAAUACAAUGCACGUUUU